GAUGACUUGCUCUCCUUGAAAGUUGUCAGCGUCCUCCACCACCUCAGCAUCAAAAGAGCCAUUCAAGUUUUGAGAAUAAAUAACUUUGAGCCCAACUGUCUGCGCAGGAGGCCGUCUGAUGAGAAUAAUGUCACACCGUCUGAGGUCACCCAGUGGACCAAUCAUCGGGUGAUGGAGUGGUUGCGCUCUGUUGAUCUGGCAGAGUAUGCUCCUAAUCUGCGGGGAAGUGGCGUGCAUGGGGGACUGAUGGUUUUGGAGCCUCGUUUCAAUGUAGAAACCAUGGCACAGUUGCUGAACAUCCCACCAAACAAGACACUACUGAGACGGCACUUGGCGACUCAUUUCAACCUCCUCAUUGGGCAGGAGGCCCAGCAGCAGAAACGCGAAGCCAUGGAGUCCCCAGACUAUGUCCUCUUAACAGCAACUGCCAAAGUAAAGCCAAAGAAACUUGCCUUCAGCAAUUUUGGGAGCCUGAGGAAGAAGAAGCAAGAUGAUGUGGAAGAGUAUGUGUGUCCUAUGGAGCUGGGACGGGCACCUGGAAGUGGGUCAAAGAAGGGUUUUAAGCCUGGCUUGGAUAUCCGAGUAUAUGAUGAUGAUGAUUUGGACAGGCUGGAGCAGAUGGAAGAUUCAGAAGGAACAGUGAGGCAAAUAGGAGCGUUUUCUGAAGGCAUCAACAACUUGACACACAUGUUGAAGGAAGAUGACAUGUUUAAAGACUUUGCAACUCGCUCUCCAAGCACCAGUAUAACAGAUGAGGACUCCAACGUGUGACAGUAACCACCAGGCACUGACAAAGGCUCACUUUCCAAUGUGCAAGAAACGUCAUCAUUAUACAUGACGGGCAGCAGAUCACGUACAUUGCAUUGCUCCUGCUUCUCUUUGUUAGAAGUAAUACUGGAGGGUGGAGAAUUUAAGAAAAGAAAAAAGGAGGGUAAAAAAUAAAAGGUGCCUACUCUAAAGUUGCCAUAAGAAACACCCAGACACUGGUGAAUGGUAAUUGUUUUUACUAUAUUUAAUGUACAAACUGGUGAUACGUUU